GGCAAGUUUCGAAAACAAACGGGUACCAAUCUGAAUUUUUGAUAUGUGAUACAACUUUUGAUUCUCUACAGAAUAGUAAAAAAAGCGUACCUUCGACGCGAAACAGACUCUCUCCUAAAUGAUGAUUUUUCAAUAGGAAACGAAAGUUUCGAUUGAUUUUCAUGACUAUAACAUGUUUAUUAAGCAAAACGAAUGUGAUAUUCGGAAUCAGCACUAAAAACUGCAUCGAAUCAAAUUUAUUUUCGAGUAUUUUUUUUCUAUGAAAAAACUGACCUGUACUCCCCCACAGCUAUAUCUUUUUCCGUGGCCCCCACGGGUGAAUUUUUCAUAGAAAAAAAAUUUGAUUCGAUGCAGUUUUUAACGCUGAUUUUCGAAUAUCACAUUUAUUUUGCUUAAUAAACGUAUUACGGUCAAUUCUGACCAGUGCCUCGGUACCUUGGUCCUCUCGUCGACUCUCUCUUAAAAAGACUUUGUUUUAGUGGAAAAAAUUUUUGUUUUUUUUGUGCAAUCGAACUCAAACUAUGGUAGGGCAUACCAACGAUGAAUUGACAAUAACUUCACUAUCGACAUUGUCAUCAUCAAUGAUUAUUACUCAUCAUGAAUAUUUUGAACCGUAUCCAACUGUUAAAGAUUGGUUUAAAAAAAAGAUCAAUAAUCUUAAAGACAAAAUCAAACAUUAUUUUCUAUCCUAUUUACCAUUUCUCAAUUGGAUCUAUCGAUAUAAUUUCGGGUGUGGGUGUGGGGUGUGGGUAGAGUCCGGCGGUUCCAAUCUUAUUGGAACCGAGAACCGAACCGGAUCCGAAAUUUUUUCAGUUUCUCAGAUCCGGAUUUGGAACCGGAUCCGUGAAAUAAAAACGGAUCCGACCGGAACCGGAUCCGUUGGAACCGAAAAUUUUUUUCAGGACGACUAGAGUCAUCUAUGUUUAAUCGUUCUUGAAUCACUGUUGAACAAAAAAAUUUUCAUCCAUUCCCGAUAUAGAAUGUUAAUUGUAAACAAACAGAAAGAAACAAAGAAUUUAGUUGUAUACACUUAUAGAGAGAGUCAACAAUAGUUUAUUAUUUUGUAAUUUAUUUUUUAGAUUUUGUGUGAAGACAUCACCGGUGUGUAAGAAAAUUAUUAUUAAUGGAAUGGACGAUUCCUCAUUGACAAAAGAAAAAAUUAUACAGUUGAUCAGGAAUUAUGAUGCAAGUUUAACAUUUGUAAAACCCAAAACAUCAUCAUCUCCAGUUUGGUCUUCUUUCAGUUAUGUCUUUAUUAGUAAUCGAAAAAAAGAUUUUGUUUGUUGCGAUAAAUGCAAAGAUGUUCGACAUCAUAAAUCAGACUCUGGCACAAGUAAUAUGAUCAAACACAUCAAAUCAUGUCAAACAACCAGCAAAGAUAUUCCAAAUGCUUCUCUUACUAUUAAAGAAUAUCUUCGUUCUAAAACUGCUCAACCUAUUUCAAGAAUAUUCAAAGAAAAAAUUACAGAUGCAACUGUUGAAUUUGUUGCUGUAGAUAAUCGUGCAUUUGAACUUGCAUCUGGUGACGAGUUUAUUAAUUUAGCUCAAACAAUAUUCAAUGUUGGUCAAGAUUUAUCUAAGACACCAGGUGUUAAUGUUUUGGAUUUAAUACCGAAUCCAAGAACUGUAAGUGUCAGUUUUUGCGGUAUUGCUCUUUUCUAUUUAAAUGAUGAAUUAAAAUUACAUGUCUUUAUUUUAGGUUGUUUUCCCUAUGAUCGUGAUAAUCAAACAGCAAGUCAAAUUCGUCAAUUUGUUGACAGUAAAUUACUGGAAUUCAAUUUAACCUUAGAUAAUAGUAAAUUCAUACAAUUGGAACAUUGUUUUACCACAGAUGUUAUUGAUGAAGUUCCAGUUAAAUGCGAAAUUGUUCAACAAAUGUAUGUACGAAAAAUCGUAUCCCAUACCAGAAGAACACAUAAACAAACAAAAUUAUCUCGUAAACUUCAAUCAUAUUGUGAUACACGGUUCAAUGGUGCUUUUCUUAUGAUGGACGUGCUCUUAUUGGUGUUCGACGAAUUACCUGGUGUUUUAGAACGAGCUCUUAUGAAUGAUUAUGAAUCAAUAGAUAAAGAUUUACUUUCAUGUAUUUGCUUAUUCCUUAAACCAUUUGAGGAAGUAAUUGAACAAUUUAGUUCUGAUACAAAACCAACAAUAUAUAAAGUUUUACCGUUUAAACAAUAUUUAUUGAACCACUGUAAAAUUCAUCCUGAUGAUCAUGAUGGAAUUCAACAAGUUAAAACAUUUCUGGAAAAACGUAUUCAAGACGUUUGGAUUAUACAUGAUAUACAUUACAUCACCACAUUUUUACAUCCAUCAUUUAAAAAUUUCGAUAAAUGUUCUGAUUUUCGCGCAAAAGUUGUUGAUUUAACAAAAAAUGAAUUGAUGAAGCGCCAACCAUCAUCAUCUAUUAUCUGCUCAACAAACAAUAAAUCAUCUGCUCGUAUAGUUGAACUUGAUCCUCAAACAUCGUCGCCAAAAACUCUUCUUUCACAAUGUUUUGAUACACCAAAAAAUGACUUAAAAUUGCCAACAACACCUUAUGAUGAAUUAGAAGAAUAUAUUGCAUUAAAUGUUAGAUUAAGUGAGAAUGAUGAUAUUUUAUUAUUUUGA